UGGCAAGGGCUUACCACUCACCAACGAUAGGGGUUUUGAUUGCUACCAAAAGUUCUCCACCACCCACUGCUUUUUAGUUUUCACUCACCAACCAUUUCCUAUUUUUAUAUUAUUAUAUUAUUAUAUUAUUUUACAGCAAAAAUAUUCUCCCUCAAAUGUACUCAUUAUUAUUUUAAAAACUCCAACCCAACCGCAUCAAGAUUUGCUCUCUAAGUUCACUUCAUAAAUCACAAUGAGGGGAGGACUAUGGCAACUCGGUCAAUCAAUCACUCGCCGUCUCGGUCAAGCCGAUAAAAAAACCAUAGCCCGAAGGUGCUACGCCUCGGACGCUGACCUCAAGAAAACCGCUCUGUACGACUUCCACGUUGCCAAUGGCGGAAAGAUGGUACCGUUUGCCGGUUGGAGCAUGCCAAUCCAGUACAAAGAUUCAAUCAUGGAAUCCACCAUAAACUGCAGGGAAAACGGUAGUCUUUUCGAUGUCGCACAUAUGUGUGGGCUAAGUCUUAAGGGAAAAGAUUGCGUCCCGUUUCUCGAAAAGCUCGUGGUUGCUGAUGUGGCAGGACUUGCUCCUGGUACCGGCUCGCUCACUGUUUUCACAAACGAGAAAGGUGGAGCGAUUGAUGAUUCUGUUAUCACUAAAGUGACCGAUGAUCACAUUUAUUUGGUUGUUAAUGCGGGGUGUCGAGAUAAGGAUUUGGCUCAUAUUGAAGAGCAUAUGAAGGCUUUUAAAGCCAAAGGUGGUGAUGUAAGCUGGCACAUUUAUGAUGAGAGAUCUCUUUUGGCUCUUCAGGGUCCUCUUGCAGCCCCGACUCUUCAGCACUUGACUAAAGAGGAUUUGAGUAAAAUGUACUUUGGGGAGUUCCGUAUUAUCGAUAUCAACGGUUCCAAAUGUUUUCUAACCAGAACCGGGUAUACCGGUGAAGAUGGAUUCGAAAUCUCGGUUCCCUCAGAAAAUGCGGUCGAUCUCGCAAAAGCGAUUCUAGAAAAAUCUGAAGGGAAAGUACGGUUAACCGGUCUUGGUGCACGUGACAGUCUUCGUCUUGAAGCCGGGCUGUGUCUUUACGGCAACGACAUGGAGCAACACAUAACCCCUGUGGAGGCUGGGCUCACAUGGGCCAUUGGCAAGAGACGACGGGCCGAGGGUGGUUUUCUUGGAGCUGAGGUGAUCCUCAAGCAAAUUGCUGACGGCCCAGCUAUAAGACGAGUUGGGCUUUUCUCAACAGGCCCACCGGCCCGUAGUCACAGUGAGAUUCAGAACGAGAACGGGGAGAACAUCGGUGAGGUUACUAGCGGAGGGUUUAGUCCGUGCUUGAAGAAGAACAUUGGCAUGGGGUAUGUUAAGUCGGGAUUGCACAAAGCGGGUACGAAAGUGAAGAUUGUGAUCCGAGGGAAAACGUAUGAAGGGUCGGUUACCAAAAUGCCCUUUGUACCAACGAAAUAUUACAAGCCAUAAGUCUUUGUUUGUGUAGUUGAAAAGUUCAAUGUUUCUGAUGGCUGUUUUCUUUACAUUUAACCUGUUUUUGUUGAACUUGAAUUCUGCAAGCCUGCAAUCUUUGAUUUUGUGGUUCAACACUUGAUUUUUAGUGUCAUAUAAGCGGCUUAUCUUGUUGCAA